AAAAUAGUGAUCACUGUCUAAACGUAAACAUGGACGGCAAGUGAGCAAAGAAAACUUUUCCAACCCGGGCGAUACACGAAAUCUUGCCCAAACAACACAGUGUUCCAUCUCUAGAAGUCAUGGGCAGGAAAGAAGUCAGCAAUGCAACUCUGAGCGUCGACCAGUAUAGGAAGAAAAUUGGAAAACAAGACUGGAAGAAAGCCAAAAAAGAUGUGAAAGCAACAAAACAGCUGAAGGAUAUGAAGGAGUCUGCAAUGGGCGUGAAGGACGUGGCCUUGAUAGUAACUGCCUUUGCCAUCAUGCUGGCAGCCAUCUACAUAUUCCUGUACAUGUACUUGGAUCAACAGCCUCCUGCGAAAUAAUUAAAUCAUUUUAAAAUCUAUGGAA